AUGGCAUCCAAUGGCUUUCUGCGGCCUCAACGGCCACCGCACAUAACUGUUAACUCGGGAAGGGGUGGAAACAUACUGGACAGCAUGAGAUUAAACACUCCGGAUUCCACAAUAUCGCCCGGCUCACCAGCCACACCGGGAUUGUCGAGACAACUAUUGCCUGCAGAGGGAUCCGCAUCAAGUGGGCCGUCGCGGCGGAUAGCUGGCCCUCCAAUCUAUGGCUCCCCGAACGUAGGAGCAUCGACAGAAAUGUUACUCCCACCUUCAAAGAUAAGGGUACACCGACCAUACCAAGAUAUGCCCGAAAGCUUCUCACGCUCCACCUCGGCGAUGUCAUCACGGCGAACAAGUUUCAGUUCAGAUGCUGGUAGUCGAGAUAGCCGCUAUGGACCAUUUGCUUCUCCAUUCGACGAUUCUAGAGCUCCUUCGAGAGCGGGGAGCGAUGACGACAACAUCAACACACAGACGGUCUCAGAGAAAUACAAUAUCAUGCCAUCUGCGGGACUUUUACUCUUUCCAGAGGAUGUAGAGAAGGACGAUUGGUUACAUAAUCCGGAUCCGAAUGACAAAGACCGAGAGAAGUGUGACAUAUUUACCAAGAGAGGACUUUUGAACGUUGGAGGUUUGGCCUUCAUCACAAUUGGGAUAUUGGUACUAUUCAUUGGAUACCCAGUCUUAACAUUUACACGAAAGAUACCAACAGCCAAAUCCUGCUCAAGCGAUCCCGGUUGUUUGUCCGACAAGCUGCCUUUGCUCAAAAAUCAAAGAACUGGGCUAAUCGAUCCUGAUACACCGGUAUCCGCGUACAGCAAGAAAUCGAAUGACGGGACGACUCUGAAGCUUGUGUUUUCCGAUGAAUUCAACACCGAUGGACGGACCUUCUACGAUGGAGAUGACCCAUAUUUCCAGGCCAUGGACAUCUGGUAUGGUGUCACGGAAGAUCUUGAAUGGUAUGACCCGGAUGCUGUUACGACUGCCAACGGGACACUCAAUCUCAAAUUCGACGCCUUCCAAAAUCACAACCUCAACUACCGGUCCGGCAUGGUGCAAUCAUGGAAUAAGAUGUGCUUCAAAGGAGGUCGAUUGGAGGCUAGUCUUUCCCUACCAGGAAGUGGUGAAGUCGGAGGUUUCUGGCCUGGAUUUUGGGCGAUGGGCAACCUUGGAAGACCUGGAUUUGCAGCCACAACAGAUGGUCUAUGGCCAUACAGCUAUCAUGACAAGUGCGAUGCCGGAGUCACCGCAAAUCAGAGCUCUACCGAUGGAAUCAGCUGGCUACCUGGCAUGAGGUACCCAGCCUGUACCUGCAGUGGCCAAGAACAUCCCUCCGCGGGUAAAUCACGUUCGGCGCCUGAAAUCGACGCCAUAGAAGCUUCAGUUGCCUUUAUGGGUCCUGGUGCAACCGGCGGCGCCACUGGCAUGGCAUCUCAAUCCUUCCAGGUCGCCCCGUUCGAUAUCUUCUACACUCCUGAUUACAACUUCAUGGAGGUCUAUGAUAACGCAGUGACAUCCUUGAAUGGUUAUAGGGGUGGACCAUACCAGCAAUCCGUAUCGGGUCUGUCGUGGCUGAACAACGAAUGGUAUGAUGGGAAUGCAUAUCAAACUUAUGGUUUCGAGUACAUUCCAGGGAGCUCGGGAGAUGUGAGCUGGUUUGUUGGGGACGAUUAUACCUGGAAGGUAGACCACCGAGCGCUCCGACCAAACGGGAACGUCGGCCAGCGAGUGCUUCCGCAGGAACCAAUGUCCGUCGUCAUGAAUUUCGGCAUGUCACCCUCUUUCUCAACCAUCUAUAUGGCGAAUAUUGCCAAGUUGCUGCCAGCGACCAUGCGGUUCGAUUAUAUCCGAAUCUACCAAGAUCCAGACAAUGAGAUGGUUACUUGUGAUCCUCCUGGUUAUCCAACAACCUCUUUUAUCAAAGCUCACCCUGAGCCUUAUGCCAACCCUAAUAUCACACGAUGGAGCGACACGGGCUACCAAUGGCCUAAAAACAGUCUUGUCGACGGUUGUUCAACAUGA